AUGAGAAUCUCGAAUCGCACACAAAAACCUUUUAGGUACUGCGGCACAUUACUUUCUCCAUUUUCUCUCGAAAACCUAAACCCCCAAAUUUCAGACAUUGUUGCGCCUUCAAAUUCACACCGUACAAUCUCUUCUUUACGCUAUUUCUCAUCUGGGCCAUCUUCAUUUUUCUCUUACACUUCUGGGUCGUGUUCAAUUUUUAGUUCUGGGUUCUAUUCACUCAGAAAAAAGCAAUCUUUCGACAGUUCCUCACCUACGUUACCUAUCAAGAAUCAAUUUUCAAUCACUUCCUCAAGUUGGUUAUCUUCAGAUUACGGAAUUGUGUCGUAUCCAAGCUACAAAAACCAAGCUUUGUGCCACUUUUCUUCUGGCCGCCCAAAAGUACGUUCUUUGAAGCAUCCUUUUCUACAAUCUUUAUAUUCACUGACUUUAUCGAAGCAGGGUUCUUACUAUAUCUGCAGAUGUUUUACUGUUUCAUCGUCGGAUGGGACAGUGAGUUCUGGUCGGCGAGCUGCCGUAGAUAGUGAAGUUGACAGUAUGAGGAAUGUUAGCUGUGAUCAACAGAAUUUAGGGAAGGGGAACAAUAGUCCCCGGAAAUUCAUUUUGGAUAUUGUCGAUAUCCUUAGGAACAAUGGGGAGGAUUUGGAAUCUGAGUUAAGUACAAUGUCUUCUAAAUUGUCUGUUCGAUCAAUUACUGAAGUGUUUAAGGUUCUGAAUGAAGGGGGUAUAUCUGGAUUGAGGUUGUUCAAGUGGAUUUGGGGGAACAAUCAUAGGUUGCGCAGGAAUGCAAUUGUUUGUAGUUUGAUUAUUGAUAACGUGGGAAGAUCGGAUGAUUAUGAAACCAUGUUUGUAUUGUUGAAGGCAUUCACAUCCGAAAAGAUCUGCCUUACUUAUGCAGCCUUUUUAUUCAUACCCAUUUUGACCUCAGAAAAUUCUUCUUUAAACGAACCAACUCAAAAAGUGGUUGAUUUGUUGAACAAAGUUGGGGGAUCGUGUCGAAAUUCGGGUGUUCAUGCACUGAUCGAGAUGUUCUGUAAUUUGUGCUUGUUUGAGAUGGCCAGAUACGUAAUCAAGGUUACAGAGAGUAAAAAGUCAUACUAUUGCCUUCUGAUUCGUGCAAAGUGCAAAAAUGGGCUUUUAGAAGAUGCGUACAGCAUAAUAAGGGAGAUGCAAGAGACUCAUUGUAUGCCUGAUACCACUGUUUAUAACUACCACAUUGGCAGGUUAUGGAAGAGUGGAAAAAUGGAUGUGGCUUUUGCAUUCCUUAAUGAAAUGAAAACAAUUGGUGUACAUCCGGAUGCAAUCACCUUUGAAAUUCUCAUAAAUUUUGUUUGUAGUUUGGGCAUGAUGGAUGAUGUGCACAAGCUGCUCGAUCAAAUGGCGUCUCAAGGACUUGAGCCUCGCCCAACAACUCAUGCUCGUGUUAUCAAGACUUUGUUUGUGGCAGAAAAAUACGAGGCGGCACACAAGUAUGUUGUCAAUCCGAGUUAUAAGAUCUGUAGCAAUAUGAUGUACAGUUUACUGGCGAACCUCUACCGGGAGAAAGGUGAUGUUUUGAGUGCCAAGGACCUUCUUAUUGAGAUGAUGGACAUUUGUCUGAAGCCAAAUUUUAGCGUUUAUGUGAAAAUCGUGAAGCAGCUUCGGAAGAUUGGAAAGAGAAAUCUUGCAAGGGAUUUGGAAGACAGACACUCCAAAUUUGUUGUCAGGUCCCAGGCAUGA